AUGGCGGUCGGGGGCGGCCUGGCUUUUCGCGAGACCACUGUUGCGAAGGUGCUGCGCACAUGGCUUGCCGUCGGCUUUUCCUUCUCCAGGCAGAAGGCUCAUCGAGGCAAGUUCGCUUCGCGGGCGUCGACUGUUUUGGCGGUGGAUUCCGAUGGCGCGCGCGCGCCCAUCAUGCCGGAGCUCGCGCAGCACGCGUGGGAGGACACCGUCGCCUUCUUGAACGACAGCGCGCUGGCGAAGAGGGCGGCAGCCACGCUGCUGUGGGUUCGAGCUUUCCUUCGCAGAAAGCAGGGCAGCGUCGACAGAGCGCCCACCGCCGACCCGCACAACGGCCUCGGGGAGCAGGUCGCCAUCAAGUUUGACGCACGCGCGCGGUCGCAGACUUCGGCCCUGCUGCUGCUUGACAGCCGAGGCUGCCGCGGGCAGCAGCUAUGCGAGGGGCUCGCGGCCCUGGCGGGGCUGCGCCUCUGGGCGCACCAUUGGCAAGGCCGCCGCGCCGACGUCGCCGUCCAGAGCGAUUUCGUGUUGACCCUGGCCAUGGCGAUGCGUUGCAGGACGAAAGGCCCCGCAGGCACGGCCGCGGCUGCUCGUGAACUCGCGCUUCGCAUUGCUGAGGCCGCGCGCGGGCCGGAUGCGGUAGCGCACGCCCCUGGCGAUUUCUACCUCGCAGCCGACGAGCUGUCGCAAUGUUUCUGCCCUGCCAGCCCGCGGACC